AUGACAGUCAACACGAGCGUUGAAACUCCCCCCUUUGGACCAAUCGUCAAUGGCACGCAAAUUAUUUUUUUCGAAUACCGCCCAAGUGAGCCUGCUGGUUAUGCUUUCAUGGUCCUCUUCGCUCUUGCUGUCCUCGCUCAUCUGGUCUACCUCUUCGUGCUGCGAGCAUGGUUUUGCAUCCCCAUGAUUCUCGGGGGAAUUGGAGAAUUAUUUGGCUACUACGGCCGGGCUCGUGCAUCCGACAACCCCAACUUAGUCGGCCCUUGGAUCCAGCAAAAUAUGCUAAUCUUCGUAUCGCCGCCUUUCCUCGCUGCCACCGUCUACAUGUCACUAGGUCGAAUGAUCACCGCGCUCGAUGCCAAGGAGCACUCCCUUAUUAGUCCGCGCUGGUUGACCAAGAUCUACGUCCUCGUCGAUAUCGUCUGCGUGAUUACGCAGCUUAUUGGAACCGCGCUGCCUGCCUCGGGAGAUGCCAGUGCCAUCGCACUCAGUAAGAAGAUCCUUCUGGCCGGUCUUAUUUUUCAAGUGAUCUGCCUCGCCUUUUUCGAGGUGAUUGCUUGGGUUGCUCAACGAAGAAUUAAGAACCGGGGUCCACCUAUCUCGGGAAUCGUGGGUAAAUGGCAAUAUUAUUUCCUGGCUGUGCAAGUUGCCAUUCUAGCUCUGAUUGUACGAAAUCUAUAUCGCGCUAUAGAGUUUGGGACAGGUGAAGAUGGAUACGUUUCGAAGCACGAGGUUUUCAUCUACAUCUUUGAUGCGUUUUUGAUGCUUCUCAGUCUCCAUACUAUAGGUGGCUCUCUGACGAGAAAAGACUUACCCGCGGACGGUAAUUUACUCUUUAAGACUAAGCCUCUCGAAGUCGAAAAUGCCGUAGAGACUGCCCUCAGAAAGGGCUAUCGGCAUAUUGAUUGUGCGGCAAUCUAUCGUAACGAAGUGGAAGUGGGAAAUAGGAUCAAAAAUUCCGGCGUGCCUCGAGAGGAUAUCUUCAUUACUAGCAAACUUUGGAAUACCGCUCAUUCUCCUGAGGAUGUCGAACCUGCGCUUGACCAGACACUCAAGGAUUUGGGUGUUGGGUAUCUCGAUUUGUAUCUCAUGCACUGGCCAGUUGCUUUCAAGAGCGGCGGUAAACUUUUUCCUCUCAACAGCGAAGGUAUUUUCCAGCUCAGUGACGUCGGCCCUGCCACCACUUACAAAGCUAUGGAGAAACUAGACCCUCUGGUCCACAAAGUUGCAAAGGAAGUUUCCAUGGACCCUGGUGUGCUUUUGGGUAGCUGGGCUAUUCAGCGAGGUACCCUUUCCCCGCCAAAGAGUGUAACUGCAUCUCGUAUCGCCCGUAAUCUGGAAGUCAAGUAUUUGCCUGAGUACGCUUUCGCCUAG